AUGGCGCCACUGUGCAUGGGCCUCUGGAUUGGCUCUGCGGGUAUUGGAUAUAUCAUCGCAGAAAUCUCCACCUUCGGUAUUGGGCACAUCAAAUCAUCCUUAGAGACUUGGAGAGUCAUGUUCCUCAUCUGGGGCGCCAUCACCGUAGCAUGGGGUGUAGUCUUGUUCUUUACCCUCCCAGGAUCUCCUGCAAGUCGCAAGAUAUGGAAAACAGAAGAGCGGGCAGGUAUCUUGGAUCGCAUCAAAGACAAUGGUACAGGAAUCAAAGACAAAAACUUCAAGUUCGAGCAGGUCAAGGAGACCAUGCUUGAUUUGAAAACGUUGUUGCUAUUCAUGUUUGCAGUUUCUUUCAAUUCUCCAAAUGGUGGACUGACAGCGGUAAGUUGA